AAAGGCUUUAUUUCAAAGAAUCAAAAGCAAAGCAAAGGGGUUCUAUUAUUCUGAUAAUUUCGUUACACAUUUCGUUAUAUCUUUCUUUCCUCCGGCGAUCAUGGCUACGUUCUUCAGAAGAUUGGCAAACGCUGCUCCAUCUCUACGCUACAAUGCAUUAGGAAGCCAAUCAAAGAUCCAUUCCUCUAUGUUCAGAUUCCCCAUUGGAGCAAUCGCUGCAAUUUCUGGCGGAAUCUCGUAUUUGUAUUAUGUUUCCACUUCGGAUUUGGUUCAUUUAGAUCAAAGCAGUGAAGAGGCAGGCCCAAAAGUUGCACUCAAGUCAGGUAAAUGGAUUGAAUUCAAGUUGCAAGACUCUGCAAGGGUUACUCAUGAUACUCAGUUAUUCAGAUUUUCAUUUGAUCCUACGGAAAAAUUGGGGUUAAAUGUUGCUUCGUGCAUCUAUACAAGAGCUCCAAGUGGACAAGAUGAUGAGGGGAAAGUAAAAUACGUUGUACGCCCGUAUACACCUAUAUCAGAUCCUGAUGCAAAGGGAUACUUUGAUUUACUAAUUAAGGUAUAUCCUCAAGGAAAAAUGAGUCAGCAUUUUGCUAGCUUGAAACCUGGGGAUACAAUUGAAGUGAAAGGCCCCAUUGAAAAACUCAAAUACUCUCCAAAUAUGAAGAAACACAUUGGCAUGAUUGCUGGUGGCACAGGAAUUACUCCCAUGCUCCAGGUCAUUGAUGCUAUAGUAAAAAAUCCAGAUGACAAUACCCAGGUCUCGCUGCUUUACGGGAAUGUCUCUCCUGAUGACAUAUUGCUUAAACAGAAACUUGACAUACUUGCAUCUAGCCACCCAAAUAUAAAGGUAUUCUACACUGUUGAUAAUCCAUCAAAGAGUUGGAAGGGAGGAAAAGGAUACGUAUCAAAGGAUAUGGUCAUCAAAGGCUUACCACCCCCUGGUGAUGACGCACUAAUCCUCGUAUGCGGUCCACCGGGGAUGAUGAAACACAUAUCUGGGGAGAAGGCUCCAGAUUACUCACAGGGAGAGCUUGUUGGCAUACUUAAGGAACUAGGAUAUACUAAGGAAAUGGUUUACAAAUUUUAACAAGAUUGACAAAAUUUUAUGUGAGGAAGUAUUUUCUGAAGCCUUGUUAGAGUUCAGUCAUCGGACCAAAAUUUUAAAUCAAAAUAAUUUCCAAGGUGAUGUUCAUUAGAUAAAGAUAAUCUUUUGAAGGCCAUUUUAUGUCGACUUCUUUUUAUACUUUUUCAUGUCUGGAUAAAGGGGUCGGCAUCUUCUCUAAUUGGGUUCGACAAUCUAUUUGAUAUCUAGCCCUAUAACAUAAAAAAAAAGACUUCACAGCUUCUAUUUGGCAAGGACAAAGAGUCAACACUUGUGGAAAUCUCACAUUUAUGGAGUUAAUGGGUCAGCAUAGUCAAGAAUACAUAA